UGUUUUCCUCUUUAGAUGAUUUUAAGCCAGCAUCGAUUGAUACGUCUUGUGAGGGGGAUCUCCAAGUGGGUAAAGGAGAUGAUGUUACCAUCACUUUGCCACAUAUUCCAGGUUCAACUCCACCAAUGACUGUCUUUAAAGGAAAUAAAAGGCCGUAUCAGAAGGACUGUGUGCUUAUUAUCAAUCAUGACACUGGGGAAUAUGUGCUGGAAAAACUUAGUAGCAGCAUUCAAGUCAAGAAAACAAGAGCAGAGGGCAGUAGUAAGAUCCAAGCCCGAAUAGAGCAACAGUCUGCCCGAGCAUCUCAGCCUCCUUCACAGUUCAGAGCCCCAACCAAGCCAGCAGUUGGACCUAAAACUUCUCCUUUGAAGGAUAAUCCUUCACCAGAGCCCCAGCUGGACGAUAUUAAGAGAGAACUGAGAGCAGAGGUUGAAAUUAUUGAGCAGAUGAGCAGCAGCAGUGGAAGCAGCUCAUCGGAUUCAGAGAGCUCAUCUGGGAGUGAAGAUGAAAGCUCCAGCAGCGAGGGGGAAGAGCCAGCACACGUCUCCCCUUCCCAGCCACCACACCAGCAGUACAACAACAGGAAUGCUGUUGCUAAUGGCACCAGCAGGCCACAGGGAAGCAAUCAGCUCAUGAACACGCUCCGAAAUGACUUGCAGUUGAGUGAGUCUGGGAGUGACAGUGAUGACUAGAGGCUGAGCUUUUGCUGUUUCUGUUACAUAUACAUGAAGAACUAAUUUACCUUGAAGUGAUCCUAUUGCUUAUGAAGAGGAGCUGGCACAGAGAUGGUUCCAUGUGUGGAAUUUUAAUAGAAGAAAUGCAUAGCCCUACAAAAUAGCAGAUGUUGAGGACUGUUUUACUGUGUGAAUUACAUGUAUAUAUUGUGUAUAUUCUUAUUCUGCUAAAGCUUUGAGUACAUAUGUACAGUGAGUGAGCCAAUGUAUGUUCCUGUCCACCAUCUGUAAGUUUAACUUGUAAUUAUGUGAGGUCAUCUGAAAAUCUCUUGUUUGUAGGGUAUGUGCAGUGCAUCAUGACUUUGUUGGGGGACUUUUGUAUAUAGGGUGAGCAUGUGCCUACAAUGAGUUUAAAAAAACAUGCAGGAGCUAGUGUGUGCACUGAAGUGGGACUGCCAUAAAUUAAGUUUCAAUACUAAAUUGAUUUCUUUGGUUUGGGACUUUUUUAAUGCCUUUUUAUUGCUAUUUAUGGUUGAUUUAAUAGACUGACUUUUAAACAGUUGGACAAUAGGAAUGAUUAAACCAUGUUUGUCACAAACCUUGCUGCAUCAGUGCCUUAUGAGCAGGUUUUUUAAAUAGUGCUUCAAUUCCUGCCACCUUCCCUGUAUGGAGCAAUACUGAAACCUCCUCAGAUUGCUUCUGCAAACAAGAGCUGUGUGUCACAUACUGCCUGCUGUGCUCUAAGGGCAGUGUCUCUAGCAAGAUAAAGGAUACACAUCAAUCACCUAAACUCAUCCAAGUAGGAAUCAGAUAAUCAUUCUCUUUAGAAACUGAAGGGUCCCAUUUAACUCAGACUUUCAGACCUAGUCUUCAGAAAUACUUACAAUCCCAACUACUAGUGACAUUGCAAUGCCACAAAUGCAAAAUAUUUGACUUAUUGAAAUUCUAAGACUGGAGCCCUCUUUGCAGUUUCCUAGAGAGUGCAAAAAGAAGAGGUGACAAAACAAGCAGCCAUGAAACAGCAGAAGUCUUUCUCCCACCACAGUUGUAAAGGUAGACUUUAGUCCAUACUGUUCAUUGGAUGAACCUCUUUGUGCUUGGCAGGAGUACACAGAACAUGAAAUAUUUGCCAAGGGUGAAAUUCACCCCUGUUUAAAGGGUGUUUAAAGGGUGCUUAGUUGGAUUAUUAUUAACUUUUUUGCUCACAUGGAAAAUGAGUGCCAUAGGCAGCCUCUUGUGACUUUUUAAAAUCAAAAUUCUGCUGACAUAGGACAAGUUGCACCUUAGUUGUGGUGUAAUCCUGAGGAAUGGGAAGCUGAAUCAAAUGCCUCCCCAUUCUCAGGUCUCUGCUUUGCACUGCUCUCAUCUGUCAGUUUGUGUUUUAACUCCUGUUUGUUUACUGAGCUCUGUCAUUUUUUUUAACAUGUUGAAGAGCAAGGGGACAUUUGAAGGGAGAUUUUAUUAAAUGGUUUAUUUUUUUGCAUUAGAUACAUAUUUAGGCAUAUUUUUGCAUUAUUGUACAUACAUUAAAAAUACUUGGUUUUUUUAAAGUGUUUUGUGAUGUAGGUAUGUAUUUUAAUGGACAAUUAUGAAAUAUACUUGAUGAAAAGCCACAA